AUGGCUAUUGAUCUGACGGUGAUGGUCCUAAUGGAUAUGGCACUUGAGUAUUGGGCUUCCAGUUCCAAUGAACAUGUUAAUCUGGUUUCUCCUACUGUUGUUGAAUCUAGGGAUGGAGCUGGUCCUGGGGAUGGGGAUGGGGAUGGGGCUGCGGGUGAAGGGAAAUCUAGUACUACCUCCACCCUUAGUAGGCAUCUAACUGCUUGUGUGAAGUUUGUGGAGUUGAAUAGCCUUAGGAAGCAAAAGACUUUGUCUUUUGAACCUAGUGAUGACAAUGAUGGUUUAGGGACCUUGACAAACUUUACUUUCAAUGAGAAGAAAGUUAGAGAACUUGCUGCCCAUAUGACCUCCUCCCAAAGGGUUUCAUAUAUGGUGGUUACUUGCCAUUUUGUGGAUUCUAAUUGGCUACUCCAAAAGAGGAUUUUAAAUUUUUGUAAUGUACCUCCUCCAUAUUCGGGUGUUGUUAUUGCUGAAGCCUUAAGAAACAAUUUUAUUGAAUGGGGCAUUUUGGAUAAAGUACUUACAAUAAUUGUUGAUAAUGCAAGUGCUAAUGCUGCUGCCAUUGACAUUUUGAGAGAUAAUUUUGAGUUGAGGGGUAGUUUUCCUAUUGGGGGGCUUAUGUUUCAUGUUAGGUGCAGUGCUCAUAUUACCAAUUUGUUGGUGCAAGCAGGGCUUUCAGAAAUAGGGGACAUAAUAGAUUCUAUUAGGCAGGGGAUUAAGUAUAUAGUGGCUUCUGAGAGCCGGUUGAAUGUAUUUAGUGAUAUAGCAAAGCAUUUGGAAUUGGGUUGUAAUAAAAUUAUUUUAGAUGUUCCUACCCGAUGGAAUAACACCUAUUUGAUGUUGAAGACUGCAAUUAGGUUCAAGAAAGUGUUUCCUAGAUACCAUAGAGUAGAGCAGGCUUUUUUAAGUGACUACACUACAUCAAAUCUGUUUCUACCUGAGGUGUGGAGAAUGAAAGAAAUUGUGGAUAUUAAGGCUGCUGAUACGAAUGAAUAUAUGAGAUUAAUGUCAGCUAAGAUGAGUGAUAAAUUUGAUAAGUAUUGGGGUGAAUCUAAUAUGGUGAUGGCCUUAGCUGCUGUGUUGGAUCCUAGAUAUAAAAUGAAGUUGAUUAGGUUCUGUUUUCCUAUCAUUUAUCCACUUGAUAUUCAUGGUGAUAACAUAAAGGCUAUGUUGAGUACUUUGAAAGAGUUGUUUGAGGUUUAUGUUGCUGCCCAUAAUGCAUCUAUCAUUCAACAACAAGCAGUUGCUGAAGUCAGUGCUGCUACUACUACAAUUGCCUCUAUUAUAGAGGUAGUUUCUGGUGGCAGAUCACGGUUUAGGCAACAUGUUAUAAGCAAUGACAUCAUCCGGCCCAUAAAAACUGAUUUGGAUGUUUAUCUUAAAGAAGAUGUAUUCAUUUUUGAUAGUGAGAAUGGUGAAGAUAGUGAUGCAAACUUUGACGCUUUGGGAUGGUGGAAAUCUAAUGCCUUAAAGUACCGCAUCUUAUCUAAGAUGGCACGGGAUAUGCUCCUAUAUGGUUCAGAUUGGGUUAGAGCACUUCAUGGCAUUAAGAAAAAAUCUCGAAUACCUAAAAUGGUGGUGGAAGUGGAAUUGCCAAAUUUUCCGUGA